UAGACUGAGAGUUGUCAUAAUAAUUUGUUUUGUCUUGACGAACCUAAACAAACACAAACAUCGUCUCUCACCAUUCGUUGCAGUUUCAAACACUUGUUCCUCUUCUCACUUCUCACUUUCUUUCUGUGUGGAUCUGCAUCUACCAAGAAGGAGGCAGGAAAGAAGUUAUUCAUAAUGUUAACUACAUAUUAGGGCUUGGCUUAGUUUGAUUUGUUGCAUCUUCCUUUUGCUGGAGAUUACAUCUGUCAGGAAUGAUUUUCUAGAUUCCAUCCUUAGGUGACUUGAUUACUGCAGAUGCUUUCCCUAUUCUGAAAAUGGAAAAUAAUCAGAGUGCCGCUGGAACACAAGAUGGUUCUAUUAUGAAGUCUGUUGAUCAAAGAGCGCGCAGCAAAGGGCGUAAUGACAUAAUGACUCGACGACUGAAGAAUCGAGAGAGACAACGAAGAUAUAGGGCACGUAAGCGUCUAGAAGCUGAAACAAAGAAGUCUUUUGUUGUGGAAGAGGCAGCACCUGUGCAAGUAGAGUUACAACCAAACGGGAAUCACAACAACUUCAUGACCCGUGUAUAUUGUACUCGAGACUGGAAAAAGGAUGCAAGACGGGCUCAUGUUUUAAAGCGUCAAGAAAUGAAUGGAUCUAUUGAUCCUCCAACCGUGUCUGAGGUGACAUCCUUAGCCAUUGGAAAUAAGUCAGAAACAGUGCCAGGGAGGGGAAUUCUGUCUGUAUCUUCUAGCAUUGUUAAUAAUGAAACUCCUAGAGUGGUGCUGAGUCGAAGAGAUUGGAAAGCAGAAGCUAGAAGAAAGAAAAACUAGUUGACUCUUCAUUUCUUCUUAUUAAAAGAGUACUCAUCCCAGUGGACUUUCUGUUGUAUUAUAUACAUUAUAUAAUGUAAAGAAUGCUGGAUAACCGAUGUUCCAUUACUUGCAGGCUUUGAAAUUGUAAGCACCGAAGAAAAUCUCUCAUUUUCCACGUUAUUCAUUUCA